AGCACGUGCUUUUGUUUAUAUUUACUUUUGGCGUGGUCAAACGCGUACCGGCACUUUAUUUCAUUACAUUUUUUUUUAUUUCGACUUAAAAUUUGAACCAAAAUCAACAACAAACUGUGUUUUAUAUAGGCUAGAUAGAUAAAGAAAUCAAAAAUGUUCGAAGAUCCGCCGAGCUCGGAUGAGGAUUGCCCCGUCCCGGAUGCAGACUCUUGUAAAUCAAAGAAACUGAAAGAGCUAUUCCAAUGUCAAAUCCGAUCCAGUUCGGAAACGGCCGCGUCUCUCAAACGAACUUGUGGCCUCCACCUGGCGCUAUCCAACGAUGGCCGCAAACUAGCAGUAGGUCUGUCUCGUAUGGCAAUUCAGCUGUACGACCUGACGACUAAUGGAGAUCUGGUGUUGAGUGAGGGCAAUUUUGCCACGUACGAGAGCGCGAUCAGACGAACCAAGUUUUUCGAAAGCGAUACAAACUCGCUUAUGGUUUGCACCGAGGAGGGAAAUGUGUAUUGGUACGAUUUACGAAUUGGAUCUCAACCGGUUCACACAUUUGACGACACUUCGGAGGGGUCUAGGAAAACUAUGACCUCUUUCGAUAUUAAUCAGAACGAUCGGGUGAUAUGCGCUUCGACUGAGGUGCAAAAGUGCGCCGAUAGUUUUCUGCUGUUUUUCGAUAUCAGGGAACGAACGUAUCUGGGGUCCUACUGGGAGUGCCACAGCGAAGAUAUCACCAACGUUCGGUUUCAUCCGACUAAUCCGGACCUUUUGAGUAGUGGGAGCGUCGACGGGCUGAUCAAUGUGUUCGACAUUUCAAAGCCUAACGAAGAUGAGGCCAUGCAAACUUGCUUCAAUGUUGAUGAUUCCAUCGAGUCCAUCAAUUGGCACAAAAGUCCGACCGAUCAGGAUUGGAUUUCGUGCAUCACUACCACCAACAACUUUCAUCUGUAUGAUGUCGAAACGCAGGACACUUUGGCCGAGUUCGAUAGGGAAAACAUUACGAAAUCCAUGAAAAGGACGUCCUCCAUAGAUUGCAAUGUUAUCAACACGCACAACGAUGGAAACGGAGGAUUCUUUUUGUUGGCAGGAUCAAAUUACAACAAAGGGGAAUGUCUGCGCUCACUCAAAUACGAUAACAAGCACUUCCUUCCGCAUAGGAAUUUCCUGCAAAACAAGCAAAUAAUUCGGGCCAGUGUAUACAACGAACAACAACAUUGCCUUAUCACCACCGGAGAAGGGGGCCUCAUUACGGUGUGGCAUUGCGAGCAACCGACGGACCAAACAUCACCAUCGGAGGUUGACAUCAAUGCAAGCAAAAACUUAAAACAGAAACUGCAAAUUAGUCACCGUUCAAAGCCGUACUGAACGAGCCCGCAUGAUUUCCAUUCCAACAACAACAGUCGGGUAAGUCGCAAGUGGCAAUCGUUAUCAUCACUUGGUUGGUUCAAGUACCUUUGUAUCGAAAGUAUAUCGUGUGUUGAAUCGGAAA